AUGAAAAAUGGGAACAAACUCAAUUAGACUUCUAUAAAUUUGUAGAAUUAUUUGGUUGUACUUUAAUAGCAUCUAAAACAAAAUUCAAAAUUUUGUCGCUCAAUUCUCUGACUACCUCUUAAAAACUUGGCGUGAAUAUAAUUAUCUAACCAUGGCGAACGGCACACCUGACACCCAAUUUAAAAGACUACACUUCAGAAGCCACUAAAAAGUAUUUUACACCGCUGCCGGCGAACUGGCGACCGAAAUAGUGUUCCUAAAUGUCAAAUUCAUUUAACGACGUUCCAAUUUUGAGGGGCAAACAAAAGAUAGUCCCAAACACUGAUCGAGAAGUAUUGCUAUGGAGUUUGUAAACAGUCAAUUUAUCAAAUUGAGUGCUUGUGAUAAACAUAUAGGGCUAUAUCAUGUUUAUUAGAGGAAAAUGUGUCGAAAUUAAUCAGUGCUGAGCUAAGAUGAAGACUUCGAAUAUGACGCGGAGCAGAAAUCAAGUGUACAGUGUUGGUAAUUACCUUAUGACAGGCAAAGUGCUCGGUAAAGGGCAUUUUGCGAGGGUCGAAGAGGCUACACACAGGAUUAUAGGGAAGAAGGUGGCGAUAAAAAUUAUAGACUUGACAUGCAUAAAAGAGGAGUACGCACGCCGCAACCUUCACCGGGAGCCGAGGGUGAUGGCGAAACUGAGGCAUCCCUGUAUCGCAGCCUUAUACGAAACAAUGAUGCACGGUCCGCGGCUGUACGUGGCGAUGGAGGCGGCGGGCGGCGGCGACCUGUGCGCGCUGGUGCUGGGCGCGCGCGGCCGCGGGCCCGGCGGGCUGCCCGAGGGCCGCGCGCGCCCCCUGGCGGCGCAGCUCGUGUCCGCCGUGCGGCACAUGCACGCGCGCGGCGUCGUGCACCGUGACCUCAAAAUGGAGAAUAUAAUGCUGGACAGUUCUAAACAAUACAUCAAAAUUGUCGAUUUUGGCCUGUCAAACGUGUGGAGUGCCGGCGGAGCUCUACGGACGCCCUGCGGCUCGCUGGAGUACGCGGCGCCGGAGUUGUUCUUGGACGGACGCCGGUACGGGCCAGAAGUUGAUCUUUGGAGCAUAGGGGUGAUAGUGUACGGAAUGGUGACGGGCGGGCUGCCGUUCACGGGGGCGGAUGGGCCGGCAGGCGCGGAGGACAAGUCACGGCCGCUACUGCGCGCCGCCAUCUCGCGAGGGUUCUGCAGGAAACAACGCGUUGCACUUGCCUGCGCCUCUACAGAAUGCAAAACGUUUAUUCAACAAUUGUUGGAGCCAAAAGUGGAGCAACGUAUGAAAAUCGAGGAAGCAUCGAGACACCGUUGGAUCAAACGACCCGGUAUGAGGAUGAAGAUCCAUCCCUUCGGCUCUAUAGAUCCCAAAGUCAAUAGAGAAAUAUACAAACAAAUAUCAGAGCUCUGUGGACAAAGCAUCAUAGAUGUGGUUGCAGAGAUCAAAGCAGACCCUUUCGGUCCCAUCGCCGGUAUUUACAACAUCAAAAUGCAUCUACACCAAGCACAGACUACACCGGGCACAGAUCUGCUAUGGUCUACCAAUACCCUAGAGCCCAGGCCCAUCACCCCACCAGCGUACCAAGCUAAAGAAUUAGUUCAGCAUCUCGCAGAGACAACAGCGUCUUCUAGUAGCAAACUUUCUCCUCUUAUCAGCACAUCGCCUUCUAAAAACAUAAUCUAUAAUGGACUACCAAAAUUCAAGCCUCAAGCAAAACAAACAGAUAUAUCCAAUCAGUUGGUCCAAAAAUCUAAUACUGCAAUCAACCGAAUCUCAACCGUCACAACCUUAUCGCAAGUUCCAAUUUCGAAGUUUGUAAAACAGGAUCAGAUCAAGUUAACAAAGAGAAACGAGCCGACUAGUCCUAGAGUCUCCAACAGUAGACCAUUAAGCAGUUCUUACGGAAUGAAAAAACCUAUUUAUAGGGUGUACGACAGCGGAGAUUGUGGUUUUGACCCUAGACUCCCAAGUAUAACCGAACAUUCCAAUAUAGACUUGAAUGACGCUAAAAAUGGAAGUAGAUACACUAAAUCGUCGUGCGUGAGGAAGGUCAAUUUGGAGCAAGAGCGACUUGUGAGACUGAACAGUUGCCAAAGCCGGACGAGUGAUGUGAAGCGAACAGAAUUCUAUAGGAGAGCCGGCGAUGGCUUACCAAGCUGGAGUGCAACCGGCGUGGUCAACACUUCCUCGGCGCGGAUACUACUUCAAAAUAACGCUACGACUAUCAAGAGAGCAUCUUUAGGGAACAUCGUUAGCCCACAUUCGUCAACAAAUAGCCAGUGUAAGAGCGAACGAGCAAUGCCGGUGGGCUGGUACUCUUCGAAGUCCAGUAAAGACACGCCCCACAUGCAACGGCUAAGAAGAACCGCCCCAAUGAAAUGACGUCACGUUUUGGAACUUAUUUUUUGUUUAAAUUAUAUAUUUUUU